CAGGACGCCGUUUUUUUUUUUUUUAUCUAUAUCCGUUCUCUCUCGAGCCCCGUGAUGAACUACUUAAACUUUAGAAUGAGACAUGAAGCAGCAGCCGCUCGCUCAUUUAUUACUAUUUCCUCCCACCAGCAUCUCCGACGCCGAACAGACUGAGAGUGAUUUACUUUCAGUUGUUAGUUGUGUCCUUCCUAGCACGCGCAUACAUUAUAACAUCAUUUGGUUACUUGUUUUUUGGAGCGCGAGAGCAGGCCGAUGUAGCGUGUAGAAGAGAGAGACGCACACAAACACGAUUGAGUGUGAUAGUGAAAGAGUACAUAAGUCUCCGAUAAAACAAGAAACACGCACGAUUUCAGAAUAAGAGCUGCUGUUGAAUUCUGACCGCCAGCAUGGCUGGAAGGGAGCAGUCGCCGGUUACCGAAUUUUUGGGGCGGAUCGCCUUCCACAAUUCCGAAGUGAGCUACCGGCCAGCGGAAUCGGAGGAUGGAGAUGGAUCUCUCAGUAGCCGCGCUAAAAAUAGCCGCAACGUAUUUAGUGCAGUGUCGAAUUACUGGAAGCACCGCACGACACUGGAAAAAGUACUUCUAGUCAUGGUUACUUUCCUCCUCGUCUUCACUGUGAUACUCUGCAUUUAUAUCAGGGGAGACCCUUUAAAAGUGCUGGUCAUUGGGUCAAAUUUGUUAAAGGCCAGAGGGGCUGAUGGAUAUUGCAUGAGUACAGCUUGCAUCACGGCGGCCGCCUCAAUUUUGCAGACAAUGGACCACAGUGUCAACCCUUGCGACGACUUUUACCAGUAUUCAUGUGGGGGGUGGAUAAAGAGCACUGUGAUGCCCGAGGGCAAGUCCCUGUGGGGCACGUUCAGCAUCAUCGAGCAGCAAAAUCAGAGAGUCAUAAGGAAAAUUCUAGAGCAGCCCAGCGAGAAUCUCAACAGCCAAGCCGAGGUCAAGGCAAAAAUGUACUACCAAUCAUGCAUGGACCCCAACGGAACAAUCGAAUCUCUAGGCGCAACUCCACUGUUGGAAAUGCUGGACGAAGUGGGCGGAUGGAACGUCAGCGGCAAAACGUUCAACGUGACCAAAUGGGACUUACAAAAAUCGUUGCAUAUUUUGCAACUUAAGUACGGGAUGAAUGGUCUUUUCUCUUGGGCGGUUAAUGAGGAUGAUAAAAACUCAAGCAGAUACGCCAUUCAGAUUGACCAAGGAGGAUUGACAUUGCCCACAACUGCUCACUAUCUAAAUAAAACGACAAAUGCCAAAGUGAUUCAAGCCUAUUUAGAAUACAUGGUUAAUGUCGGUGUGCUUUUGGGGGGUGAAAAGAACGCGACUACUGAUCAGAUGAGGGAAGUGAUCAAUUUCGAGACAGAAAUCGCCCGCAUCACGACGCCUAGUGAUGAACGACGUGACGAGGAAAAGCUUUACCACUCAAUGAGCCUAACGGAGCUCCAGGAUUUAGCUCCGUUUAUGAACUGGCUGGAUUAUUUCAAUGAAGCCUUCCGAAUGGUCGAUAAAAAACUGACGCCCAACGACACGGUCAUUGUGUACGCACCGGAAUACCUGCACAAUCUGACAAAAAUCAUCUCGACCUACAAACAAAAUGAGACUGGGAAAAUAGUUAUAAAUAACUAUUUGGUCUGGCAAAUGAUUCACUCCAUGGCCUUUUACUUAUCCAAGGACUUCAGACAGGCGUUUAAAGGUUUGAGGAAAGUCCUCACCGGCACGCAAGGGGAGGACGAGUCUUGGAGGUACUGCGUGGCAGACACGAAUUCAGUUCUUGGGUUUGCUGUCGGAGCUAUGUUUGUCCGGGAGAAAUUCAAUAACAAGUCAAAGGAGUUUGCAGAGUCAAUGCUCAAUGAAAUUCGGCUGUCGCUAAAGGAGAAUAUUGAGAAUGUGCCUUGGAUGGACGACGAAACAAAAAGCGCUGCAAUUAGCAAAGCAAAUGCAAUUACAGAUAUGAUUGGUUUCCCGGAUUACAUUCUGAGCGCCAAGCUGCUCGACACCAAGUACAAGCAGCUGGAAAUUCAAGGCAACGAAUAUUUCAGGAACAACAUUCGCGCGAUCCAAUUCAAUUUGGUGGAAAUGCUGGAAAAAUUAAACCAGUCCGUCAAUCGAACUUUAUGGGGGAUGACGCCGCCCACGGUCAAUGCUUAUUAUAACCCGACCAAAAACCAGAUAGUGUUUCCCGCAGGCAUUCUGCAGUUGCCCUUCUUUGACGUCAACAAUCCAGCCGCCCUCAAUUUCGGUGGCAUGGGAGUGGUGAUGGGGCACGAGUUGACGCACGCUUUUGACGAUCAAGGCAGGGAAUAUGAUAAAGAGGGAAAUCUGAAUCACUGGUGGAAUAACAACACCAUCGAAAAAUUCAAACAGCAGACAAAAUGUAUUGUGGACCAGUAUGCAAACUAUAAAAUGGACAGCCUAAACCUUAACGGAAAACAAACUUUGGGUGAGAAUAUCGCGGACAACGGUGGCCUAAAAGCGGCUUUUUACGCCUAUCAAAACUGGCGGCAAUUGCAGGCUGAGUUGCCGCUGCCUGGGCUUGAUUUAUCGCACAAUAAGCUGUUCUUCGUGAAUUUCGCCCAAGUGUGGUGCUCAGCGAGCACCACUGAAGCCAAUCAGCUGCAGAUAGAAAAGGAUCCUCACUCACCGUCCAGAUUUCGGGUCAACGGGCCUGUCUCAAAUUUCCCUGAAUUUGCCAAAGUCUUUGAAUGUCCUGCGGGCACGGCAAUGAAUCCCAGUGAGAAAUGUUCGGUUUGGUAAAAACAAACGGCUGAUAAUGAAUAAUAAAUACGUAUUGAAAGUGAAAAGUGGGACCGCCUGUGCGUACUCUAAGUCAGACCAUUAUUGAAUGUUAUAAGUAUACUAUUGUCUUGGCAACUUAAUUUCAAGGAAUAUAUUAAUUAAGAUUUUAUGAGUAGCACUGAAAAUGCGAGAAUUUUCAAUCUAAUCUUUUAUGUAAAUCUCAUUAAAAUAAAUGUUAAACAUAUUUUAUGUCAAAAA